AUUAUACAAUUAGGCAAUUGGCCCAUUAUUACACAUCAUAUCAAAUAGAUAAUAAAAAAAAAUCUCUAAACAACUUCUCUCCACUUUCGCCUCACCACCACCACCACCAUGACCUCUAAAGACUGUGGCUCCCACACUCACUCUCGCCGGAAACUAAUCCGGCGAAUAAUAUGGUCAAUAAUCUUCAUCCUCUUCGUAAUCUUCCUAACAAUCCUCCUCAUUUGGGCAAUUCUCCAACCUUCAAAGCCACGUUUCCUCCUCCAAGACGCCACCGUCUACGCCUUCAACGUCUCCGGCAAUCCACCCAACCUCCUCACCUCCAACUUUCAAAUCACUCUCUCUUCCCGGAACCCUAACGACAAGAUCGGCGUUUACUACGACCGUCUUGACGUCUACGCUACUUACCGGAGCCAGCAGAUCACUUUCCGAACAUCAAUCCCUCCGACAUAUCAGGGACACAAAGAAGUCAACAUCUGGUCGCCGUUUGUCUACGGAACCUCCGUUCCCGUCGCUCCUUUUAACGCCGUUGGUCUCGAUAACGAUCAAGAUAACGGCGCCGUUAUGUUGAUUAUUCGUGCUGAAGGUAGAGUGAGGUGGAAAGUUGGGACUUUUAUUACCGGGAAGUAUCAUCUUUACGUGAGGUGUCCGGCGUAUAUUAACUUCGGUAAUAAAGCUGCCGGAGUUAUUGUUGGAGAUAACGCCGUUAAGUAUACGCUUACCAAUAGCUGUAGUGUUAGUGUUUGAAACGGCGACGGAGCGAAAACACAAAUCAGGUAACUAACGGCUCCGUUAAAUAUUAUAGUCUCUUCUUCUUAAUGUGAAUUGUACUUUUUGCUUAUACGAUAGCAAAUAUUACAGAUUCGUGAUGAUGUCCAAAAAAAGAAAAAAUUAUAGAUUCGUGAUGUUGUUGUAACGAGAUUUAAGAAUUUAAAUAUGCAUACUUUAUUAUUGUUACAUUCUAAAAUCUAUUUUAAGUUGCUAUUUUCAUAAAA